AUGGCGUCCACAUCAAAACGAAAAGUUGAUGACAGAGAUUCUGAAGAUAUCUCCUGUUACGUUCAUAACGUUUCCGAAAUUAUUACAGCAGCAACGUCAAAGACGAGGUAUUUUUACGGAAAUGUUCAAACUAAUCAUGACAAAGUCGUCAGGUUCGUCAGUUUUUCGCCUGAGAAACAGUCAGCAAUGAAGUCGGCCGAGUCGACAAAGAGCCCAGUGAAAAUUAGUAACUGUGUGUUCACUCCCAAAGGAGACAGUGUUGAAAUCACGGUUAGAAAGAAUUCACAAAUAUCAGUCGUCAAGAAGCUAGACUUUGAACGGAUAACAAAGAUGGAAGAUGCUGCGAAACUCGUGACCUUGCAAGCCAUUGCAACUGCUAACACAAUGUGUUCCAUUAAAGCCAAAGUUGUUUCCAUAUCAACGACAACAGAAGUUAACACCAGGUAUGGACAACGUCAAGUUCAAAAGGUAACAGUUGUGGAUGACACAAAAUCAAUGACCUUGGCCCUGUGGCAACAGCAUGUGGACAAAUUGAGACAUAAAUGCUACUACAGCAUUGAAAACGUUAUCUCGACAUACUUUCAGAGUGAAUUACAGCUAUCAACAACGUCAAAGACAAGCUUUAAACCUAUAGAGGAGUUUGAUAUUGUUGAAGUAGAUGACAGUGUUGACAACGUCAUCAAGUCUGUAGGCACUGUUAUUUCUUGUGCUUUAAAAAUUAUUUCAAAGUGUGUCAGUUGCAAUAAAUCUUUAGACAUUGACACAAGCAGUGCUAUUGUUAGAUGUCUGCAUUGUUCUUCAAAACAGAAAGUUUCUCAAACAAGAUUGACGAGACAACUAAACUUGCAGCUCGAUUCAAAUCAGAAAGUUCAGAAAUUUGUAGUGUUCAACGAAGUCUUAAACACAUUCAUAUUGAAAUACAGUUUAAAGACAUUUAACAAUGAUGAACUAGAGAAUUUCAUCCUUAAUGCUAAUGAGCUAGAACUAAAACACAAUAGUAAUUCUGAUGUAGUUUUAAACUUGGAUGUAAAUGACAAGCUGACAGUGCAAACACAGGAAUGUAUAUAAUAAUCUCAUCAGCUUAUGGGUAAGAAAACCCAGGAGUUUGUCAGAAUGUGUGAAGUGACACUCAUGCUCCUAUUCAGUCUUCGCCUUAAUUAGCUCGACUUUUUUUUAAAUUUUUAUCUAGCACUAGCCAAGCCAAACUAGCAACUAACAAUUUUUAGCUCGACUAUUCGAAGAAUAUGAGAGCUAUUGUAGUCGCGUCGGCGUCUGCAUUGGUUAAAGUUUUUUGUGAAGUCAAAUAUCUCAAUUAUUGCUUGAGAUAUUCAAUUGAAACUUACAAUACUUAUUUAUAGUAACAAGGUACAUCAGAUUGACAAGUUGGAUAACUCUGCCUACAAUAUUGACAGAAUUAUGCCCCUUUUUAACUUAGAAAUUUUGGUUAAAGUUUUUUGUAGAGUCAAAUAUCUCAAUUAUUGCUUGAGAUAUUCAAUUGAAACUUACAAUACUUAUUUAUAGUAACAAGGUACAUCAGAUUGACAAGUUGGAUAACUCUGCCUACAAUAUUGACAGAAUUAUGCCCCUUUUUAACUUAGAAAUUUUGGUUAAAGUUUUUUUUGUAAAGUCAAAUAUCUCAAUUAUUGCUUGAGAUAUUCAAUUUAAAUUUAAAAUACUUUUUUAUAGUAACAAUGUACAUCAUUUUGCAAAAUUGCAUAACUCUGCCUGCAGUAUUUGCAGAAUUAUUUGCCCCUUUGAAACUUAGAAAUUUUGGUUAAAGGUUAAAGGUCUGCAAAGAUAUUUACUUGAAACUUUACACAUGCACUUAGGGUCAUAAUUGGAGGGUCAAAAUUGUAUGUCACUGACCAAGUUCCAUAACUAUCUUGCAUUAAGGCUGAUUCAUAUCCCCUUUUCUACUUAGUCUCUUGGUUAAUGUUUACAUGCAAGUUUUACAUAUCUCAAUAACUAUUAAAGAUAUUUAUUUAAAACUUCACAUAUGCAUUUAGGGUCAUAAUUGUAGGUCACUGACAAAGAUCCAUAAUUCUAUCUUGCAUUUAGGCUGAUUUUUCUCCCCUUUUUCAACUUAGAAAUUCAUGGUAAAGUUUUGCUUGUAAGCUGUUAUCUCAAUAACUACUGAAGGGUUUGUGCCUUUUUUGGGAAAUUUUAUGCAUUCAUAAUAAUAAAGCAGUGAUUUACUUGAUAAAACAUCUUAAUAACAAGCCUUUGUACCUUUUCUGUCAAUUUAUGUAUUCAUAGGUAAUUAGUAUUAUUAUACUCAAUAAAACACCCUUGUGACAUUACCUUCCGAAUAGUCAAGCCAAUACUGUAUAAUUAGAUUCUCUCUAAGGCCUAUAACAUGAAUUUAUUAGCCCUUUUGUGAACUUAAAAAUUUUAACAUUAUCAAGGUUCUUUUACUAUCAAGCACUUGGAAUAGUCGAGCGUGCUGUCCUACCGACAGCUCUUGUUAUUACAUGGAACCAAUUUUCACUAGCCCGCACCAAAUGAUACAAAACUAAGUAAAAGUGACAAAUAUUUUUACAAACAAGUUAAAAUACCCUCGUCAUUUACAGUCCAUGAUGAUUGGAACUUAUGUUUCUGGCUUUUUUCAUAUUUUUUCUUUUUACUUUCAUCAUUCAUUUGUUUGCUUCUCCUUUUUGGCUCAGCGAGUUUGAAAUACUGAAGAAACAUUUUGACCAAAUAACAAAUGAUGUUUAACAAUAAUCUUGUAAUAAGCAAUGAAUCAUAAGCGUUUCAAUACACAAUUUUGGAUAUGUAACUUGAAUCAGAUAGGAAAACAUACAUCAUCAAAAAUAUAUUUGCUAUAACUUGUUUUUUUUUAUAUAUCGAUUAACUUCAUAUUAAAGCUCUACAUCUUUUAGUUCAAGACCUUUAUAUAUAUCAUGCUCAAGUUGACCUUGAUCAGUGUAUGACCUUGACUUUGAAUAUCAAAUUCUUCCACUUUUAACAGAUAAUUGUCUAUAACUUGAAAUUUAUCAAUAGAUCAUUUUCGCACUUGAAAAAUCUUCUUUAUGAAACCUUAUAUGUUCAACUGACUGACCUGUAUGAAUCGCCUUAAUUGUCAGGGUCAAAGUAUUGAACUUUGGUUAAGUUGACAUAAUUUUGUUACGUGUUUAAAUAUUUGAUUCAAAUGUAAACAAAGCAACACUUACAACCAAAACAAAUGUGUGAAAUGAUUUGAAUAUGACCUUGACUUAUAAAUAACCUUCACUGUAAAAUUUUGAUUAUAUUUUAUUAACAGUAGUUAAAAGUGCUUGAGCUAAAUACCUGACAAUCACUAUGUCAGCCUUUGUUUGCAUAACAUGCUUCCUUAAAUUUGAACUGUGGUAUAUGACACAUUCAUUUUUUACCAUUAGUUAA